AAUCAGCAAAAUCUGAGCUCACCUUCUGCUCUGGGCUGGGGCAGGGAUCGGGUUUGGGUUCAGGUUCUGGUCGGGGCUGGGCUGUAGAGCAGCUCCAAGUCUCCAACUAGAAGGACUCAUAAAAGUUUCUCCCAUGACUCCUGCCCAUUCCAGAGGCCCUCCAUGCCCUGGCUCAUUCACCACAGCCGAGAGAGCUGGUCCCAUGAGGAAUGAGGGUGUCUGUGCCACCCUCUGCAACAACAGCAUCGGUCCUCAUGAGGAGCAUCCUGUAGUUGAAGAGCCCUUGAAUAUGCUAGGGCUGGCCCUCCCAAGUGCUCAGGGAUGAGAAGGUGGGGCCCACUGUACUGAGGAGGAAGCUGCUGGUAGGGUGCUCCCCUGUAUGCUGGGCUCGUGCGGGAGCUGUCUCUGCACCUCGGUUGGGGAUUCCUGACACGUGUUCUUGCUUCCGCAUUGGGACCUAGUGAUGGGCAGAGCCUGGCCUCAGCUCCCAAGGUACUGAGCUGGGUGUCAGCUCCCACAGAGCCCCCCCAGAUACACCCUUUGUCCUAACUUUAAAGCCCUGAGGUGCUUGGCCUUCCUGGAGGGAGGAGAGGGGAGUGGCUCAGGGGCUCAGGCACUGAGUCAAACCUGGCUAGGUGGGGAAGGAGAAACAAAAGGGAGAGAGUGUGACAAGGCAUUUCCCUGGCUCCUUGGGAAUCUCCUGGGGCCCACAUGUGCUCACACAUUUCCGGCUGCUCAGAGCCUUCCCCUCUGCCCAACAAGUUCUUAGUGGCAACCCUCAACAAAGCCCUUUGGCUGACCUGCUUGACACUUGCCUGAAAUUUUGAUUUUUACUUAUGUGUCCCCUGAGAGUGUUGAAGGUAUUUCCAGGUCUAGGGCUUGAGAACUGGGCAGGCAAAGGUCAAAGUGGGUGUGGAGGGCUCCCUGCCAGGUCUCAGAGUCUCAGUCCCUGCUCCCCGAGGCCCCUCCCUGCCUGAUGCAUCACCAAACUCGGCCCUUCCUCAAGUUUGCUUCCUUGUGUCAUCUUGCCAACCCCAUUUUCACUGUCUUCUUUCGGGGGACACAUGGGCGGAGCUAGGACAACAGCAGGAUGGAAGGAAGAGACCUCACGAAAAGGGCCCCAACGUUCCCGAACUUUCAGGAGAGCCUCCGCAAAGAUGCCUGACCUCCACUUGGCCUUAGGGUUCUCUCAGUGGCAUCCCCGAUGUUCCUCCAGUGCCAGGGUGGAGUUGGGAGACACACAGGGCAGGUGCCUGGAGCCGGUUGGUCAGGAUUUCUGGGAAGAAUUCCAGGCUGGAGAAUCCUGGACUCCAGCUGACUGGCCACCCUUCUCGGUGAGAGAAGGGGUACUCUGCAUUCUAGGGAGGGGGCCUCAAUUCCCACUCGAGCAGCAGAGCAAGGAUCUAAGCCUUCACCAAGCCCCCAGGCUGAGGGGAGAAAACAAGGAGUUAAUCCUACCCUGACCAUAACCUGUCAUUCCCCUCCCCAACACAAUCUCAGACUUGUAGGGACACAGGAAGCUGGGGGCAGUUCGUUCAUGCUGGGGUUGUGAAGCAGCUGGAGGAAGAAGGAAGGACAGAUGGGUGGGGGGAUCAGAGGAUCUGGUAGAGCCGGCAGGUCAGGGGUUGGCUGGUGGAGCCAGUCUGAGGGCCUGGUUGCUGAUGUCACCAGUCUGCAGCUAAGGAGCCCGGGACCUCCCUGGGCAGGACCAGGACCAGGCCCAUGGGCCAGUUUCACAGGGCUGAGCCUGGCCUGGGCCAUACCAGAUCAGAGCCUGGCAGCAGGGGGCCUGUAAGAGUGGAGCAGAGGCAGGCCACCUGAGCUUGGGAACAGAGGUCCCCUGCUUAGGGGCCAGGGUGGAAGGGGCACCUUGCCCCAUUGCCCUCGGGCUCUCACCCAGAAGAGGGUGCCGCUUCUGCCCCAGUCUGGCAGGAAUUAGCCUGGAGUGGCAUCCCUCAGUGGGGCAGUCUCACCAAAGCCUUCCACUUUCACCUCAGCUUUGAGUUCUGGCAGACCCCGGCCCCACCCCGCAUCAUCUCAUUGCCACAGUUCCUGGAAAGGGGAAAGGAGACAAGGGGAUGAGGCCAGCUCUCAUUUCCUGCCCCUACCUCUGGAGACAGCCCCUGGAGGCUGGGCCUCUGCAGGGUGUGUGUGGGGGGGAAUGGAGCAAUCAGGCUUCCCCUUCUCCACAGCUUGGCCCCGCCCUCCCCCCCUCAUAAACCACAUACUCGCCCGCCCCACACCUUGCACUCACCCCGUCCCAGCAGUUCCGACCUGUCCCAGCCCGGCCGCGGCACUCAGCGCUGCUGUCGCCAACACCGCAGCCAGGCAUGACAGAUGGUCCUCGGUCAGAUGUGGGCCGCUGGGGUGGGAACCCCUGGCAACCCCCAACCACACCUUCUCCGGAGCCAGAGCCAGAGCCAGACAGAAUGUCUCGCCGAGGAGGCCGUUCCUUCUGGGCUCGCUGCUGUCCCUGCUGCUCCUGCCGAAAUGGGACAGAUGAGCCCUACGGAGGCCGAGGGUCUCGCUCUGGAAGUCGAAGACCUGACUCCCGGGGCUCAGGUUCCCGCCGACCUGGCUCCCGGACCGGCGAUGUGAACGCCGCUGGAGAUGGCACCAUCCGAGAGGGCAUGCUGGUGGUGACCGGUGUGGAUCUGCUGAGUGCACGGUCAGACCAGAACCGCCGAGAGCACCACACAGACGAGUUUGAGUACGAUGAGCUGAUUAUACGCCGUGGACAGCCUUUCCACGUGGUCCUCCACUUUUCUCGGCCCUAUGAGUCCUCUGAUCAUGUCGCCCUGGAGCUGCUUAUCGGAAACAACCCCGAGGUGGGGAAGGGCACGCACGUGAUCAUCCCGGUGGGCAAGGGGAGCAGUGGAGGCUGGAAAGCCCAGGUGACCAAGGCCAGUGGGCAGAAUCUGAACCUCCGGGUCCACACCUCCCCCAACGCCAUCAUCGGCAAGUUUCAGUUCACCAUCCGCACACGCUGCGAGGCUGGCGAGUUCCAGUUGCCCUUUGACCCCAGCAAUGAGAUCUAUAUCCUCUUCAAUCCCUGGUGCCCAGAGGACAUCGUGUACGUGGACCAUGAGGAUUGGCGACAAGAGUAUGUGCUUAAUGAGUCUGGGAGAAUCUACUAUGGAACUGAAGCCCAGAUUGGUGAGCGGACCUGGAACUAUGGACAGUUUGAUCAUGGAGUGCUGGAUGCCUGCCUGUACAUCCUGGACCGGCGGGGAAUGCCAUAUGGAGGCCGUGGGGACCCUGUCAGUGUCUCCCGGGUCAUCUCUGCCAUGGUAAACUCCUUGGACGACAACGGGGUCCUGAUUGGAAACUGGUCUGGUGAUUACUCUCGAGGCACCAACCCUUCAGCCUGGGUGGGCAGCGUGGAGAUCCUACUCAGCUACCUACGCACUGGCUAUUCUGUCCCCUAUGGCCAGUGCUGGGUCUUCGCUGGCGUGACCACCACAGUGCUGCGUUGCCUGGGCCUGGCUACCCGCACUGUCACCAACUUCAACUCAGCACACGACACAGACACAUCUCUCACCAUGGACAUCUACUUUGAUGAGAACAUGAAGCCCCUGGAGCACCUGAACCACGAUUCUGUUUGGAACUUCCACGUGUGGAACGACUGCUGGAUGAAGAGGCCAGAUUUGCCGUCGGGCUUUGAUGGGUGGCAGGUGGUGGAUGCUACGCCCCAGGAGACCAGCAGCGGCAUCUUCUGCUGUGGGCCCUGCUCUGUGGAGUCCAUCAAGAAUGGCCUGGUCUACAUGAAGUAUGACACACCCUUCAUUUUUGCCGAGGUCAACAGUGACAAAGUUUACUGGCAGCGACAGGACGAUGGCAGCUUCAAGAUCGUGUAUGUAGAGGAGAAGGCCAUUGGCACACUCAUCAUCACAAAGGCCAUUGGAUCCAACAUGCGGGACGAUGUCACCCACAUGUAUAAACACCCAGAAGGCUCAGAAGCAGAGCGGAGGGCAGUGGAGACAGCAGCCGCACAUGGCAGCAAACCCAACGUGUACUCCAGCCGCGACUCGGCAGAGGAUGUGGCCAUGCAGGUGGAGGCCCAGGACGCAGUGAUGGGGCAGGACCUGGCAGUCUCCGUGGUGCUGAGCAAUCGCGGCGGCAGUCCCCGCACCGUGAAGCUGCACCUUUACCUCUCGGUCACCUUCUACACCGGGGUCACAGGGCCUGUGUUCAAGGAGAGCAAGAAGGAAGUGGUGCUGGCGCCAGGGGCCUCGGACCGUGUGUCCAUGCCUGUGGCCUACAAGGAAUACAGGCCCCACCUUGUAGACCAGGGCUCCAUGCUGCUCAACGUCUCGGGCCACGUCAAGGAGAGUGGCCAGGUGCUGGCCAAGCAGCAUACCUUCCGUCUGCGUACCCCAGACCUCUCCCUCACAUUAUUGGGGGCAGCUGUGGUUGGCCAGGAGUGCGAAGUACAGAUUGUCUUCAGGAACCCCCUGCCUGUCACCCUCACCAACGUCGUCUUCCGGCUUGAGGGCUCUGGCCUACAGAGACCCAAGAUCCUCAAUGUGGGGGACAUUGGGGGCAAUGAGACAGUGACAUUGCACCAGAAGUUCGUGCCUGUGCGACCAGGCCCCCGCCAGCUCAUCGCCAGCUUGGACAGCCCACAGCUCUCCCAGGUGCACGGUGUCAUCCAAGUGGACGUGGCUCCGGCCCCGAGGGGUGGGGGCGUCUUCGCAGAUGCUGGAGGUGACAGUCACUCAGGGGAGACCAUCCCUAUGGCAUCUCGGGGUGGGGCUUAGCCCCUGGCCAGGAGUGAUGGGACUGGAGUCAGAUGAGCAAGGACAUUGCCUCAAGUCAGGGGCCUACUGCAGAGCUGCUCCCCAGAGGCCCAGGAGGGGAGGCUGGGGCAUCUGGGGAGGAAGCCAUUCUUUACUUGCACAGGGCAGCACAGAUGCUAAUAAACUAUUUUUUAAUGAA